AUGAGGUCCAGUUGUAGGAGUUUGAGGAAGCGAAAGAAGGUGUUGUACAAGUAUGACGACUCGGAAUCUGCCUCCGAUACCGACCACUCCCCUAUGGAAAGCACGAAUGAAGGUGACGAUUCGGAUUCUGACCACGGACAAGCCCACCCCCACUCCAAUCACAUGAAUGAUGAUGAAGACUCGGCCCAUUCCAAUGACACCGACCACUCAAAUUCUGAGACGGAGCCCACCUCUGACCCCGAACACCAAUCUGCGGGUCAAGUGGAUGACGACCAACUCUCCCCUCGUUCCACACAACACUCUGCGGACGAAGAGGAGGAAUAUAUUUUUGACGCACCCCCAUCUCCACCACCACCACCACCGCGACUCAUGUUGACGUACGGAGAUCGCGUCACAGAGUACGCCGUUCCACCUCCCCCACCGUUUGAAGAUGCGACAACUGCCACCUUUGACCUCUUCAUCCAGUAUGGGAACGGAGCACAAGUCAGAGUGCAUCCAAUGGCUAAUCUAUCACCACCACCACCCUCAUUAUUUCCUGUUCCUCCACCACCCCCACCAGCAGAAAUUGAAUUGUGGCGUCCACCCAAGGGGACGCUAAAGUGCAUCUUCGAUGCUAUCAAGGCUCACCUGAGAUGGGGGGACAAUCCAGGAGAGACGGAUGCAAACUUGGGAGAAAGUGAGGAGUUCGUGGAACUGAUGGAGUCUCUUCCGGUUCGUGGCACCCACACUUUGGGAAUUGGAACUCCCCGCACCACCCCCAUUCGAAACGGGGACAACAACAACAUUUGGAUUAAAUGGCAGGGUGACGAGGUGAAAGCCAUUAUGUACAGAGUUCAAACAGAGCCCUCAUUCAGUUGGCAAGCAUCAGAAAAAAUGUGCACUGUUCCUAACUGCUGGUUGAACUCUAGGGAUAGAGUGGUAGGAUACUGCCGUCUAGAUUCGUCCAAAUUCCGUGAGGUCUUGCUGUUGAGGGACACCACCAAUCUGCAACCCAACAUCAUCGUCCUCCAUCCAAUCUUACGCAUGACUCCACACGAUGAAGACACCAUCAAUAAGAUACUCCGAGGUACCCCUAUAAGUGAGAGCUUCACAACCAUUACCAAGUACAUUACUACACGUCCCAACUGCCGGUUUGUGACGGAUAUGCGACAGGGUUUUGCCACAACCCUCUCGUUGGGGAAAUUCAACACUUUAACUGUUGCAACGUGCAUCAUGACCUUUUUCCACAACAAUGCUUUCCCCAAUUCCACUCACCCUAUGAUUCGGCUGAGGAUGGGCUGGAUUGCCUUCCAAGAUGCUGACUGGAAAGAAGUUCGGAAGAUUCUUGCCAAGAACAAGUUCAAAUUUAUUGUGACCCCAGCUACCAACCAACUCACCCCUGAUGAAAUGUUCCCAGCCCGUAUCAAAACGAAGCAAGACCACACUUACCAAGGUGAUGAUGGAAAUGGCGGAGUGAAGGAUGGGAUAACCACGUCAAAGACACAUGUCCACAAUUCAGGUGCAAGUAAAGGGAAUGCUCUACCCCACAUGCCACUUGCACAACAUCUUCAGAGCGUCGUGACGCUCUACCAGGACAUUCUGGAUGACCCCGAGGAGACUGAGACACGCACCAAACACGCAGAAUUUAUGGGGAUUUUGGCCACGUUGAUGGGGACAAUUUUGGAGCAAGACUUCAAAGGACAUCGAAUGCGACCCUUGACUGAAAAACUUACCCAUUAUGAUACAGUAUUUGACUUCAACGUGUUUGGAAGACUUUUCCAAUUUAAAACUGGAUGUACAAUUGUUGUAAGGAGAGUCGGGAAUGGCAUCCCAAUAAUUAAUGGACAACCUCAAUUUGUUUGGUAGA